CCGUAACGCUUUAAACAUGGAGGACCGAUUUGUUGGUCGUUAGAAAUAGUUGCCUAUCUGGUUCACAAAGUUUAACGACGACUACCCUCCAGAAAAGAUCCAAAGAACGGCAUAACGAUCCACACCCCAAAAGAACAGGAGGAAGAAAUUCUUCUAUCAGACAAAAAGAAAAAGGAAAAGGGCGACAAAAAUCAGAAAACAAACCAUUUUUGGGUGGGCAGUAGGAAGCAGCGACCCGGGCAGCCAGCCAGCCACUAGUGUUCAUCAUCUUCUUCUUCUUUCUCUUUACCCCCGAUCCCCUCGAAGAAUUUCUCUCUCUCUCUCUCUCUCUCUCUGCCUGCGCAGCAACUAAACUGAAAUAAGUAACUUCUUUCAAGAAUUUAAGGAAAGUGUUCGUUCCCAUCAGAAGCCAACGAAAAGUGACACCAAAGGUGAGAGCUUUUCUUUAUUCUGUUUAUCUCAGUUCUUCCUUCCAUCCAUCCAGCUUUCAGUUUUCUAUAUUUGAUCUGUUACUUCGUACUCUCCGUACACACCCUCUUCCUUUUCUCUCUCUCUCUCUCUCUCUAUGAUUGACCGACCCACUUUGCUCAAUUCUCUUCUUCCAAUCUCAGCCUCAAGUGCUUCAACUAGGAAAGAAUACCCUUUUCAAUUCCAGAUCUUCAUUUGGUAAAAUUGAGAAUUUCUGCUGCUUGUUUGUUUGGUCUCCUUAGUUUUGCUUCUGCAUUUGUUUACCCAUCUUGAUCUGUUGAAUAUUUAGGAACUGGAAUACUAACAAAGUUUUUAUCUUUGAUUUGGAGCUGCUACUGGGCUACCCUGCUUUUUUUAAACUGCUUCAAGUUCUCUGUGUUUCUCUGUUUUUCUCCAAGUUUUGAUCGAAUUUAUCUGUUCUUGAGCAAAAAUGAUAAUAACAUGGAAGUUCCUUCUGCCCCCCUUUUUGUUGCUUUUUCCAGACUUGGUUCCUCUCUAAUUUGGCUUGCAAUCUGAGUGAAAUCAGGGUUGAGCUUCAAACUAAAGCCGGUUUUAUGUAGAGUAAUCCUGCACAGCGGGAAUUUGCUAAACCCUAAUUCUCUAGUAAGUCAUUUGGUGAGCUGUGAGAAAAUUUUCUGGCCAAUGGAGGCUGCAGCAUUUGAUGCCGGGGUUCAACAACCAGAAGGAGAGGAGAACUUAAUCGAAGCUGCGAAGCAAAUUGUGAAGGCUUUAGGGUCGGGAAAGAAUCUCACGGAUGAUGCAAGGAAAAUUUUGGCUGACCUGGGCACCCAAUUGUCCACCAUAAACAUAAUCAGUGAGGACAAGGACGGCGACAUAGGCGAGCUCGAGGCACAGUUGGAUGCAAUUCAGGAGAAGAUUGCGAAUUGGGAGGCUGACCAGUCUAUGAUAUGGGAUUCAGGUCCCGAUGAAGCUAGUGAGUAUAUGAAUGCCACUCUAGAAGCCCAAAGAUUGAUUGAAAGAUUGGAGAAUUGUUUCCCUGGUGGUGGUGGUGGAGAUGAUGCUGGUAGAAGGGAUUUGCUAAGCAGGGGGCACGAUGUGCUUCAAAUGGCAAUGGCAAGGCUCGAGCAGGAGUUUACAAACUUGCUUGUACAAAACCAGCUACCAUUUGAGCGAGACAAUAUAGCAUCUUUCCGUUCAAGUGAAGAUGAUGGUCUCGAUUUCAACUCGUUUGUCUCCACUGGUGAUGAUCUUGAGGACCCGAGUAAUCGAGAUAGCAGCGUUAGCCGGAGCUGGGAGGAACUCACCAUUGAUAUGGUACACCCUGAUGCUAUCCCAGACCUUAGAGAUAUUGCUGAGUUGAUGUUUGUUUCUGGUUAUGGUCACGAAUGUUCACAAGCAUAUAUCACUGUUAGAAGAGAUGCCUUGGAUGAGUGCAUGUUCAUUCUCGAAAUGGAGAAACUGAGCAUCGAGGAUGUACUGAAAUUGGAAUGGGGGAGCCUUAAUUCCAAGAUUAAAAAGUGGAUCCGAGCUUUGAAACAGUUUGUCCGAGUCUAUCUUGCCAGCGAGAGUUUCCUCAGCGAGCAGAUCUUUGGACAGCUCGAGCAAUCAUCAUGGUCAGUUUGUUUCAUCGAGGCGUCAAAGGGAUCAAUGCUGCAGCUGUUGAACUUUGGGGAAGCCAUAUCUAUCGGUCCUCACAAACCAGAGAAGCUCUUCCCUAUCCUCGACAUGUACGAGACCAUUUCAGGUAUGAUUCCCGACCUAGAUUCUCUAUAUGCAAGUGGAGCUGGUUCGUGUGUUAGAAUCGAUUGCCACGAGCUUCAGAGAAGGUUAGGUGAUUCAGUUAGGGCAGCAUUUUUGGAAUUUGAGAAUGCAAUCGCGACAAGCACUUCAACAAUAGCUUUUGCUGGAGGAGGGAUCCACCAUUUGACACGCUAUGUUAUGAAUUACCUCAAUACACUCACUGACUACCAGGAAUCUUUGAAUUACCUCCUGAAAGACCACGAUAGACAGAAUGCUGUUAUGUCGCCUGAUCUAGCUCCGUCAACAAGGCAAGAAGAUGAUGCCAGCGGGGAACCUGCUGCAGACGAUUACGCCACCAUGGCUCUACACUUCAGGUCGGUCACCUCGAUCCUGGAGUGCAAUCUUGACGACAAGUCAAGGCUGUACAGGGAUCCAUCCUUGCAGCAUGUAUUCAUGAUGAACAAUGUCCACUACAUGGCGCAGAAGGUGAAGAAUUCAGCAGCAUUAAGGCACGUGUUCAAGGACGAGUGGAUCAGAAAGCACAACUGGAAGUUCCAGCAGCACGCAAUGAGCUAUGAGAGAGCCACGUGGAGCUCCGUGCUGUCCUUGUUGAAAGACGAAGGCAACUCCCAUCCGGGAUCGGUCUCUAAAGCUCAACUCAGGGACCGGCUGAAGAACUUCUAUGUGGCGUUCGAGGACGUUUACAGGACGCAGACAUCAUGGAUCAUCCCCGACGCUCAGCUACGCGAGGACCUACGAAUCUCGACCUCCCUCAAGGUCAUCCAAGCAUACCGAAUGUUUAUCGGGAGGCACACAAACAGCAUCGGUGAUAGGCAUGUUAGGUAUAGUGCUGAUGAUUUGCAGAAUUAUUUGUUGGAUCUGUAUGAAGGGUCUCAGAAGUCAUUGCACAAUCCUCACCGUAGAUGAUGAUGAUAGUGAUUAUGAUAGUAAAGGGUAUUUGUAUUAGUAUUCAUUAAUCCAGCUACAGAUCAUUAGGCUUUUCUUUAAUCAUAUACAAGUGUAGUUAUGUGCAUCAUGGAAGUUGUAUUUUCUGUAUCAAUAAUUAUGAGAUAUAUGAUGGGAUUCGAAGUUCAAACGUAUGAAAUUGGUCAAUUUUGGAUUGCUUUGACGAGCUUUCAAUAUUGAAUGGUCGUGUUCCAUAUACAGGGCAUCAUUGACGAGCCAAUCAGUCAUUGUACAAUCAAGAAAGGGCACGCAGAAAACGGGUCAACGUGUUUGUGGAAAUUAAGACAAAUUUUUUGAUUCUAUAACAUUCAAAUAAUCGUUCAUUGGAUGCUCAUGCACCCGCCUUCUUCCUGGAACUCAGAGUCUGAAAUGCUCCUGGGCAGAGAUCCCAUUAAGCCCUUUAGCAUAGUAAUGUUCAGUGAAUUCCUUCAGGGCAGUCUCCCUGUAAACCGGGGGAUUCUCAUCCGAUAUCAGCUCCUUGAGCGGGCCAUAAACUCGGGAGGGAGUUCUCAGGAAGCGGCUGCGGUCUCAAGAAACAGGCUAUUGAAAUCCUGGGGCCUAUUGAUUUAGCAGCAACUACUCUGUGUUAAGAGCUUUUGAAUUCCUCGUUAGAGAUCAACUGCAUGUUCCAUUGCCAAAGAUUUGAGUAUGAAAACCAGUUAGUUUUAUAGCAAAACUUGGAAACAUGCACGGUCCAGUUUUUACCUGCAUCAAGUCUCCCAGAUUUAUAACAAGAGCAUUUGAUGUGGGCUUCACAUCAACCCACUGAUCAGUGAUCAUCACAAAAGACCUGAAGACCGCCAAUUUGGUCUUGGAGAAGCACAGUGAGAAAGCUGCUGUCAGAAUGGCUGCUAGUUCCUAUUGUCAAAUCCGGUUCUGGACAAGCCGGAUAGUAAUAACCCCAAACCUUCCAAGUUCCAAGCAACCUUUCAUUACAUGUAUUAACGGUUUGAUGUGAUUACAACAAAAAAAAAUAAUAAAUAAAUAAAUAAAUAACUAGAUUACAAAAAGAAAAACGGUUUGAUGUCAUUUUUAAGGGAAAUACUUAGCUGCAACCCAGUUUGCAGCGUGCUCCUGCUGCCAACCCAGGUGGCUUUCAUCCAUUGGCUGAUUUCUUAUUAUUAAUUAUAUUUUUUAUUUGCAACUUUUACUUAAUUUUGCCACCGACCUGCCGAGACUCCAUGGCGACACUGUCCCAAUGAUAUAAUCUCCUAAGAUAGCAUCUCCUCUGUCAUCAUUCUUUCUAUUAGCCUACCUCCGUCGACCGACAAUCUGUCAUUAUAAUCACUUAUGAAGUUAUGAUAGCAUCUCCUCUGCCACCAUUGUAAUGGCAUCAUAGUGGGUAGACAACGGCUUCCGCAUACAACCGAUUGGAGGUUACAAAUCCUCAAAUUCAUACCGAAUAAUUCGAUCGGUAUUUCAAGUGCCCGGUGGCAGCGGCAAACAAUUUCAGGCCAUCAGCAGGGAAGCAAUCGCAAUGACGAAUGGUCGAUGAAUAGAAUCCAGCGGAAACAAAAAAAAAAUAGUACCUCAAUAUGGAAAAGUUGCAGAUAUUAAAAUAUAAUUAAAAAUAAGAACUCAGCCAAUAGAUGAAAGCCACCUGUGUUGGCAGCAGGAGCAAGCUGCAAACCAGGUUGCAGCGAAGUAUUUCCCCAUUUUUAAUUGUUAUAUAUCAUUGUUAAUAUUUUUGCUUAGUUUUGAACGUAAUACAACAAUCAUAUGUACUUUUUGACUGGUAAUUGAUACUUAACACUGAGUCUGAACAUUAUAUUUUUGUGCUUGUUUUCAACAAAAUACAAUUUUGUUA